GCACGGCGGCCGGUGAUUGGAGAAGCACGAGUGUGGGCGGGGCAUUGUACCCGGAAGUCUCCGUGCUGGCCAUGGCGAGCUGUGUGCGGGACCCCUGCGGGCUCCUCUGCAUCCUGCUCACCUACCUGAGCCUGGGCUACGCCGACUACGUCAUCCUGCGGCACAUCCUGCUGCACACCUUCUCCGGGAGCAUCUGGUGCCCCCUCCAUGCGGUCGGCUUUAACCUGAUCGUGUUCAUGCUGUUGGCCUGUCACACCAGGGCCGUGUUCUCUGAUCCAGGUAUGGUCCCGUUGCCGGAAACCGCCAUUGAUUUCUCAGACUUGCGCAGCACUCCACGCAAAAGUGACCGGAGUAACGAGGACUGGACAGUGUGUAACCGCUGUGAGACGUACCGCCCCCCGAGAGCGCACCACUGCCGUAUCUGCCAUCGCUGCAUACGUCGCAUGGAUCAUCACUGUCCCUGGAUCAAUAACUGCGUCGGGGAACUAAAUCAAAAAUACUUCAUCCAGUUCCUCUUCUAUACAGGGCUGACCAGCCUGUAUGCUAUGAGCCUAGUCCUGGCCGCUUGGUUAUGGCCAGAGAAGAAGGGGCCGGUGGAGGAGGAAGAGAAGGGGACCACUGCCCACAGCCACGUACAGAUCGCUCACUGUAUUCUGCUGCUCGUGGAGUCGGUGCUCUUCGGACUCUUCGUCACUGUCAUUUUCUAUGAUCAGAUUGUGUCCAUCAUUAUGGAUGAGACCCCAAUCGAGCAGCUGCGGAACAGACUCCUGAAAGAGGCACGCAAAGAGGUCGCUCACACGCGCAAACCAAAGAUGGCUCUCCUGCGGGAAGUCUUCGGCAGAGGUUACAUGAUUUGCUGGUUCUUCCCAUGUAACAGCCCCCCAUCCUCUGGGGGUCCUGCGUACAGCUACCUCCCAGACUACGAUGUGUAAGAAAGGGGCCUAUUCUCUCCUCCACAUCAUCCCACCAACGCCGGUCCCUCUCUACCUGGAGUACUCACACUGACACCCCAGGCCGCUGCCGCUGGUCAGUAUAACCUGAUGGUGUUGAUAGGGGCUGGUCACCCUGUUCUCCUCGCCUAGGAAGGUUCCUCGGACACAUUUUCUCUUUGCACUGACUGACGUCGCACUAUGGAUACAUUGUUACGUGUAAAAAGUCCCAUGUUUAGCGUUCACCCAUCUUUAAUGGCCGUUUGCAGACCCUAAAGAGACUUCUAAGCCCCCACCAGAACUUGCUGUAUUAUGCUGUGGUAUUGCUAUCAUCCGUUAGUUGGUGACAUUGUCCACUGGGGGGCACUAGUCUGAGGAAGGGCUGGAAGCAGCGCUACGUAUUGCAGCAGCAGGGUAAAUGUGAUUGAAGGUGUUUGUGCUCUUACGGUGCACCCAUCAUCCCACGCCACAGAGGCGGCCAUGUUGUGUGCUGUACCAACAUCUCUGACAGUGUAGCCUGUCUGCUCGCUAUAAAUGAGGCUUUACCUGACAGGUGACGUUACUGUGACUAUUGCGCCCCUCUGGGUGACAGGGUGCUACCUUUCCGAAUGAUGGGAUUUUCUGGUCUCUGAUCAGAUAUUGUGCUGUGUUGUAUUGUUGUCUGUGUGUUAUUUAUGUUGUGUAAUGAGACGGCUCCUCCCAGGGUGAUGGGGGCGUGGGACAGGGGGGGGGGGGCCUCAUAUGAAUGGUGGCUCCAUCACUAUAUAUAUAUGUAUUGGGUUACUCAAAGUCUGCUGCUAACUCUCUAUUGUUGUGUACAGAUGAAGUCUGUGUCCGUAAUAUUGUUAUAUGGUCUUCAUACACCACUUGUAGUGUAAUAUGUGAGACUAUAGUCCUGAGAAUGAAUGUAAGAUCUGUUGACCUACACAACCCUGAAAUGUUACAGUUGGUAUUUAGACCUUAAAGGUACAGUACGCUGUUCAGUGUAACCCUGAGAUUCCGCAUGUAUAAUAAAGUUUAGCAGACUAUUACUCCAUGACGCUGUGACAAAGCAGACGUCCCUCUCACAUCCCCAGGGUAGCGGGCACGUAUAUGCUGCAAUCCCUGUACUGGUAUACACAUAGACGUUCUCUGUGGUAGCAACUCAGACGUGAUAUAUGGUAAAUGUCACUGUACGACUGCUAGAUUAUUGUUAAUAAUGCUCAGUGUUUUCUUACAACCUGCAAAGUACAGAACGUAAAGUAUUUACAGAUCUCUGCAGCCUGUGAUAUGAAAUGGGUUUACUGUAUAGCUGAAAUCCAAAGGUGCACUUUCCCCAGCCAGCAGCAGGGGGCACUGCUUACACGUUAUAUACCCCCCCUUUCCACUUCCCAGUCUGCCCGGAUUAAUUUGCUCUGGCGCUGGCCAGUUACACAGGCAGCCACGUAACGCAUCCUUCUCAUUUUUACAUAUCUCUGAAUUAGGAAACCUGUGACUGAAAAGUUGCUGUGGAACUACAAGUGCCGGCAUGCCCUGGCAGCUAGCAGGUUGCCUCUCUAUCUGUGUAUUGCGUAUGUUUAUACGCAGGCGCGCACUAUUUUGCUACCCAUAAUGCUUUGCAGGUAAUGGUCCGUCACCCACGGCACUGAUGAUUGUCCCCUCCUUCUGGGGGUGACCUGUGUGGUAAAUGGCUACUGCUACAGACUAUUUUGGGGAUAAACUAGGGUUGAACGGUGUUACUCUAUUGUAUUGCUACAGUAUUUCCUUCUGGAACGGCUUCUACACCAAAAUACCUGUGUUUGGGGGGGGGGGGGG